GAAGUCCGCCGACAAAGCAAACUGUGUCGGGAUGCUGAUGGUCUUGUUUCAGAGCUUGUUUUUUUGACUAUAUAUAAAAAAAAAAAAUCUAAUAACUGCAAUUAAAUAGGUUGUAGAUAGUAUCUGACGCUUCUUUAGCUGGGUACUUCGUAGUUAAGUGCGAAUAACAAAGCAGGGGGGGAGGAAAAAAAAAAAAAAUGUCGGACAAUACAGUUGUGAUCACGCUGGAAACGGCAUCGGGGACUCCGAGCUCAUUCCCGGUGGUUUUGAAGAAGAUAAUGGAAAUGCCUCCGCCGAACAUACUGGACGGCGACGACGACACCGAAAAGGAGAAGCUGGGUGUUGGCGAUAGUGUGGACCUGGCUGGAGGAGUGAGUGACAUGGGUCCUUCGGCUGCCCUGACCCCGGCUAUCUGGGAGAAAACCAUCCCGUAUGAUGGUGAAAGCUUCCACCUGGAGUACAUGGACCUGGAGGAGUUCCUGCUGGAGAACGGCAUCCCGACCUCACCUGAGGAAGACGACUUGAAGAGCAACCCACAAGCAACCAAGGCGGCAAAAGUCAAGGUCAUUCCCUCUGGACAUACCAAGGUUACCAAGACGGUGUCACUACUACCCAUUCAGGAGCUGGACAAAUGUGAGGAGGUGGUGAUCAUCACCAAGAGUGACUCUGACAUUACCAGUGAUGUUAUUACAGAGGUGGACACUGACAAAGACAGAGCGACACCCGAGCCCAUCGACCCCGAUGACAUUGAGGUUGACAUCAACUAUGAGCCCGAUCCUACAGACUUGGUCCUGUCGAGUGUUCCUGGAGGGGAACUGUUUGACCCGCGCAAACACAAGUUCAGUGAGGAGGAGCUCAAGCCACAGCCAAUGAUUAAAAAGGCAAAGAAGGUGUUUGUGCCUGAUGAACAGAAGGAUGAAAAAUACUGGCACAGGAGGAAGAAGAACAACCUUGCAGCCAAGCGCUCACGAGACGCCCGCAGGUUAAAGGAAAACCAGAUCACAGUCAGAGCAGCUUUCCUCGAGCGUGAAAACGUAGCGUUGCGGUCAGAGGUGGCCGAGCUACGGAAGGAUUGCGGCCGAUUCAAGAGCAUCGUGGGUCACUACGAGGCCAAGUUUGGAGAACUGGCGGUGCCAGAUGACGAAUAGACUGCAAUUGAUUUAUUCAUUUAUUUUGUCUGAUGAAUAAAUAAAUCAAGCCGUUGUUACUUGGGAUUGCUAGACUCGAUCUGAUGACGACGAGGACGAAGAGGAAAAGAACAUGUUUGAGGACAUUACAGAGGUUGCCAUGGGGAUUUAAUAGCAUGUUAAGAUAUCAUUUUCUUAUUGUUUUUCUUUUUUUUAUAUUCAAUGAGAUGAAUGUGAGAGGAUUUUCAAGUGCUUCUUUAUUGCGCCUCGUUUAUGAGGCGUACUUUUAUCAUGUUUUGUACACUUCUGGCCGAAAGAGAUCAUUUGAGAUGUUUAUAUUGGACAAACAUUGGGUUUUAAGUUUUAAACUGCAAUAGGUGAUAUUUACAUAUUCAAUAAAAUAGAUUAGGUCAGUCUUUAACUAAGCUUUCAGGUAUUCAGAUAUUAAUGAAUUCCAAAGUCCAUUUUAUUUUUUAAUUUGACCUUAAAUAGGUUGUGUAGAAGUUGGGCUUUUUUUCUUCUUUUUUGCCCACUACAACUUUUGACUGUGACAUUUCCAAAUAACUUUAUCUUCUUCAGGGGACUAUAGUGACGCGGCACAAAAAUAAAAAGUCUAGCCAAGUUCACUUCUAUAUGUAAUAUAAUUCAUCACAAGUGCAGAGUAGACGCUGUCCUCUACUUUAAUGUUAUGUUUUUGUUGUUCUUGUAUGUCAGCAGACUGUUGGCCUGCUUUUUCUCGCUGCAAGCCAUCUGUUUCAACACUUCUACUUGCGUCGUUAACACUCCAGAAGUAAAUGUGUAGAAUCAGGUGCAUGCACUGUAAAUAGUUACAAGCAAAAAUAGAUUCUUUAAAAAGAAACCAACAUUUAAGUGACAUCAUAUUUUUGAAAACUCCAUUAACUUCUGGGUAUCAAAGCAAUGACAUUAGGUCUUCAAAUGUUGGAGCACAGGAUCUCCAGCUCUCGUUCAUCAGUCAGGCUGAUUUCUGUUCAGGCUCGUUUAUUCUCACCAAGACAUGUAAGCUGACAGUUUCUGUUUUUGAAACUUACCUUUAUUUUAUAAAUGUAUAUACAGAGGUAUAUUACACCUAACUACAAGUCUCAAUAAUGAAUACUGUGUUGGGGGUUUCUCUUACAUAGGCAAGGAACCUCCAACUCUCAAGUGUCUUCUUUAUCUAAAGCCAUUUCAAUGCAGUGUGCAGUCUCAGUUUACAGGGAGCGUUUUGUAUCAUUACACCUGAAAAUUACGCCAGUCAUCUUCCACUUGGGUUAUUUUACUGUUCAGUUGUGACAAAAAAAAAACUCCACAAAUAUAUUCACUCCAAGUCUGGUUCAUUUUGUUGACGUAUUAUAAAGUUACUUUUUUUUUUUUUUUUUUAAUACUCCUUUGGGUGCAAUUCUGAUAAUGAGCUUUUGGACUUGUUUCAGUAAUUUUUUUAUGCUUUCUGUAACGGCAGCUGCACCUGACUUCUCAGCAACAGUUUCUUUCUGUUACAUCUUUGUAUUUGUAAAGAAAAAGACAAAAAAAAGGCAUUUUGAGUGUGACAGUCUUGUGUAUAUAUAUUGUAUGUGUAAUUAAAGCCUUGCUGAAAUGA